AUGUCGCACGGCAGCACACCUCUUCAAGGCGGCGACAAGUUGCACAAGACCAACACGCAGGACCCAGGUCGAGUCCAGGUCAACGCCCAUUUCGUGGGUGCACGAGCCCUGCGUCUGCUCUGCAUGGAAGCAAAAAGUAGCACUGAGAAGAGUGACCAUCUGACCUCUGUCAACACCCUGACGACCAAUUAUUCAGGCUGGUCAUCUCGAGUUGGAGUCAGCGAAUCCGGGUCAACGACGUCUGCGGAUGGGUUCGAGCACGAUGUGAAUCACAAGCUAAGAUGUGGGCGCUUCUCGUGGGACACAGCGCUGACGGAGUUUGGAAGUGACACUUUGAUCUUGUGUUCGGUUGCUAGCUUGCAGCAGCUGAUCCUGAUUCGGCUCAGCGCUGUGGACUCUCAGGGCCGGCCUAUCUUCUGCUGCGAGACCUUGUGCUGCCAUCCCUGUUCAGGAUGUUCAUUCCCUCUGCGGAAGAUUAUUCUUUUCUGCUAUAAGGUGUGCAGCGAGCAGCAACCCCUCCCUUUAGGCGCCAAGGAGAAGACUCGCAGCUUGUCCUUGCUGUCAUCAUCUACCCAUCCUGUCCUCGACCACCAUCGCCAUUACUGCUUUCGAACAUCUCUUGCAUACAGGCCGCCGUAUCGUUCUACGUCCUACUCUUACACCAUCGAGCUUCUUCGCUCUUCCCCUCGUCUGCAGCGACUUCGACAGGCCGUCGGCCAACCCCGGCUACAAAGGUGA